AAAACAGGUUAAGGUUGAGGCUCUGACUUUUGCCCGCUCGGUCUCUGCACCGUUUUUCCCGCUUAGUCAUCGGAUAUCGCGCACGCUCCGUCUGCCGGAACCGAACUAUAGCCAUGAAUCUUUAUCAGUGUCGCCCCCUAACGAGCUUGUAACGAGCUUGGCUGGAAUAGAAAUAAAUAGCGGCCAUGAUCACUCAGGGCUAGGGGUCUCUGUAAUUUGACCCUAGCAAGGAGCAAUUGUGCUGAAGGGGUGGACAACUUGCAACCUGAACAUACGAACAUGAGCCCGCCGCCGGCGCGGUCCUCUCACCAGGAUGACUGGAAACAGCACUGGAAGAGCUUCCUCGGAGCAGUGGGGAUGAGCUUUCUGCUUCUACAGCUUCUUUUCCUGGGCAACAUGUCCUACAUGUACGGGACGCAGUAUCGAGACAGCGAACGAAUCCAUCAAUUGAAGCUCCUGUACGUCGAUUUCGACGGGGACAUCAUCGGCCAAUCCGUCCUCGACUCAUACGGAGCCCUGCAGGGCGCGACCUUCCCCACGCUGCACCAGGCAUCCACUGAGGACUUUGCAACUGGUCAGGAUGUGCGCAACGCCGUCUGCCACGGGGAUUAUUGGGGAGCCAUCUACGUCAACCCGGGGGCCAGCGCGCGGCUGGCAGCCUCACUGUCCGGGGACGCAGACAGCAGCAACAGCAGCAACACCAACGCAUCCACCGCGCUGACCUACAUCUGGAACGGCGCACGCUACCCAGCUUUCGCACAGAGCGCCGUCUACUCCAACCUCCUCACGCUCAUCGAAGCGACGCGGUCGACCUACUACGCGCGCAACGCGUCCAACGUCCUCCAAACCCUCCUCCUCGCCCCGUCUUCCUCCGCCUCGUCAUCAACAUCAACCGCACUCACCGCAUUCCUGGACCCCAUCACCGCCAGGGAACACAACAUCAAAGCCACCGCGCAAGGCGGGCGGGUGCUCUACAACACGGUCUCGAUCGUCAUGCCGAUCAUCCAGCAGUUCUUCUUCAUGAUGGCGCUGAACGGGCUGUCGGCGCAGUUCCAGCUGUUCACGCGGCUGACGCCGCGCGCCAACGGGCUGCUGCGGCUGAGCAUCUCGGGGUGCUACACCUUCGUCGGGGCGCUGUGCAUGGUCGGCUACAUCUGGGCGUUCCGCGAGUCGUGGGCCGUCUCGGGGGGCCAGUUCGUGCUCUGCUGGAUGGCCGUCUGGCUGUACAUGCACAUCCACUUCCAGAUCGUCGACGUGCUGACCACCUACGUGCCCAUGCAGUUCAUGCCCUUCUGCAUCCUGACCUGGGCCAUCCUCAACGUCGCCAGCACCGUCAGUCCCUUUGAGAUGCAACCGGGCUUCUUCCGGUGGGCGUACGCGCUCCCCGCCCACGAGCUGUACCAGGUGCUCGUGCAGAUCUGGAGCGACGGGUGCGAGAAUCAGUUGCGCACCGCGUUGCCUGUCUUGUUCUCGUGGUGGGUCGUGGGCGCUGGGUCGGCCACUGUCGCGACGCAUCGGAGGUGUCGUGUUGCUGCUGCUGCUGCUGCUGCAGUUGGUCAUGGGAAGGGUCUUGAGGAUAGUACGGCGGAUGGAAAGGCGGAGUCUGUGCGGACUGGGUCGAGUACGCAGGGGAUUCUACCCGGUCGAGGGACGGACAGACGAAAUACGAUUGAGAUGGAGCGGUUGGAGAGUGCGGCGUAUGGGCCGCGGUAUCCCACUCCGUUGGUGAGUGGGGAUGGGGGGAGGUCGUCUGUCUAGGUGUUUUUAGACUUGAAUUGAUUUGCGUUAAGUUCAUAAUAUCCUCUAAUGGCAUCGAGCUUGUCGG